CCCGGCCCCGCGCGGGACCCGGCGGAGAGAGCGGGGGGAGACCCCGACCCACCGGGAACCGGGAACAGGCACAGGGAACCCGACACCGAGAGCAGGGACCCCCACACUGAGAGCCGGGAACCGGCACCGGGAACAGGGAACAGGCACCGGGAACCGGGAACCGGCACCGAGAGCCGGGAGCCGGCACCGGGAACCGGACACUGGGCACCAGGCACCGAGAAUCGGACACCGGGAACCGGACACUGAGAGUCGGGAACCGGGAACUGGCACCAGGAACCGGACAUUGAGAGCCGGGAACCGGCACCGGGAACCGGCACCCGGAACCGCACAUUAAGAAUCGGGAGCCAGCACCGGGAACCGGACACUGGGAACCGGACACUGGGAACCGGACACCGAGAAUCGGACACCGGGAACCGGCACCGGGAAUCGGGAAACAGACACUGGGAACCGGGCACCGGACACAGGGAACGGGGCACCGGACAUUGGACACCGGGAAACGAACAUCGGACACCGGGACUGGCACUGGGCAUCGAGGUCCGAACACCGGACAUCGUCACCGGGCUCCGGUAGCGCCCGCGGGGCCCGGCGGGCAGGAGCGGGACCCUCGGCUGGCCCCGCCCCCCCAGCCCCGCCCCGCCCGUCCCGCCGGGAGCACCGGAGAAUCCCCGGUCCCGGCGCCGCUCUCCCCGAGGCAGGCUGCAGAGAUGGACACCUUCAGCACCAAGAACUUGGCCCUGCAGGCCCAGAAGAAGCUCCUGAGCAAAAUGGCCACCAAGACCAUCGCCAACGCCUUCAUCGACGACACCAGCAGCGAGAUCCUGGACGAGCUGUACCGGGCCACCAAGGAGUACACCCACAACCGCAAAGAGGCCCAGAAGAUCAUCAAGAACCUCAUCAAGAUCGUGAUGAAGCUGGGCGUUCUCUACCGCAACGGGCAGUUCAGCGCCGAGGAGCUGCUGCUCAUGGAGCGCUUCCGCAAGAAGGUGCACACCUUGGCCAUGACGGCCGUCAGCUUCCACCAGAUAGACUUCACCUUCGACCGCAGGGUCAUGUCCAGCGUCCUGACCGAGUGCCGGGACCUGCUGCACCAGGCGGUCAACGGGCACCUGACGGCCAAGUCCCACUCGCGCAUCAACCACGUCUUCAACCACUUCGCGGACUACGAGUUCCUGUCGGCGCUCUACGGCCCGGCCGAGCCCUACCGCACCCACCUCCAGAGGAUCUGCGAGGGCGUCAACAAGAUGCUGGAGGAGGACAGCAUCUGAGGGGGCUCCUGGCAGCGGGGCUCCUGGCAGAGGCCGAGGAUGGGAUGUCUGAUUUGGCCUUCGCCGGGCUGGCCGUCCCCUCCUCAUCCUCCUCCUCUGUUCUUGUUUCUCCAAGAGAAUGAACUUCUUGACGUUGUGUCCCCCUCGCCCAGGGUCUGCAAUCCCCUCCCUGCACCCUCUCCAGGGCACCCUGGGACUCUGGGCCCCUGCUGUACAGUUUGAUUUCCUUGCCCACCAAGUGCCUUUGGCUCAGAGUCCAAGGAUUUGGGCUCUGUGCCUUGAACUCUGUUGCAUCCCUCUGUGGGGAAACUGAACCAAAGACUCGUGGUGUGAAGCACCUCUGAGGUGUCUCUGAGCAGGUGGGACGGUGUUGGGGGACCAGUUCUGAGACCCCAUAACUGGAGGGCUGUGGGACACUGUGGUUUCCUUUCAGCAGCUCCACAACGCGGAGGGAGCAAAGCACAGUCCAGACUUGUGCUGCCUCAGGCAGGAAGGUGCUUCUGCCUGGGCUUAGGUGUCCUCAAAGACAAAUCCCUGAGACCAGGAGGAUCCCUCCUCAGCUGGGAGGGAGCUGGGGGAAGCUGCUCCAUCCCUGGGUCCCUGGAACCACCCAAGUGCCCACCAGCCUCCAGUGGUGGUGGCACCUGGCAGCUUUGGUGGUCAUCCAAAGCUCCCCUGGGAUUUCAUCCCUUUUCCAUGCCCUUGACUGAGUGAUGUUCAUUUUCAACAAACUCUGUAGCCCUGAUGAGUUAUUUAAAUAAACUCAGUGUGGC